AUGGAUUGUUCGGAGCUUUGGUGUCUUGCAUCGGUAGAUGGCGGAGAAUGUAAGGAAGCAUUCGAUACUUACGAUGACUUCGAGGAACAUUUUUGUCGAAAGCACCUAGACUUGGCAUUGUUUGCCUGUGGUGCUAAGGGGUGCACAGCUCAAUUUGGAACCGUAUUACAAAUUUUUCGCCAUUUAGCGAUUUGCAAGCGUCGGGGCAAAAAGAUAAAGCUGUUACAAUAUUCAGAUGAUGUUUUAGAAAGUUUGACAGCACUAGACCGAGCAAAGUUGCUAGCAAUGCACUGCUCUGUUAAAAGAGCAAAACAAGCAAAUCAAUUAGCUGAAAUUAAUGGCAAUAUCACAGCUGAGCAAGCUGUUGAAUCAAAUGUUCAGUGCUCAUUCGAUGGAAUGAACAGUUCAUUGGAUGAUGACCAAAUUCACAUAUCAAUAAUAGAAUCACCCAAAAUUUAUGUGGAAGAUGUUGAACUUGGACCAAAGGAACGUGCUGUUACACCAGCAAGACAAGCAGCAUGGCGACUGAAAGAACAAAUGCUCUUAGAAGAGCAGCAAAAAAAGAAUAAACCACCCGAAAAAGUUGAUGGAGACACGCAAAAGAAACAAAAGAAAUUACCAGUGAAAAUAACUGACAAAACUCGUAUUUCAGCUCUUAUUAACGAUAAUCCAAAAAAAGCGAAACGUACAUCAAGCCAUCUGCAAACGAUGGAAUCUGGUGUGUCUCGAAAUCCUGUCUUAGGAACAAUGAAUUCGAAUAUGUGUUUCGAAUCGACAAAGCAUAUUGUGUAUACUGAAAGGAGGCCAAAAUUAUUACUGGAUAAGAACCAAGAUUCGAUAUCGACAAUUCAGAAACAACCAAGAAUAUUUGAAAGUAGCCUUCCAGCUGGUCCUAAUAAUCCUUCAAAAAUUCCUGGUUUAUCACGUCUACAGCCAUCAUUUGAUGUUAACAGUAGUCGACCUCCAGACUAUUCAGACUUCUUAAGAAAUCCCGUGAUAAAUCCAACGCUUCAUGAAAUAUCUCUUCCUUUGCCUCCUAUUCUAGCUCUAGAGAGUUCAUCUGUUCAACCAUCGGAUGGUCGUCAAAGUAAUGUUGGAAAUAAUCAUACAUUCACGAAGACCGCUUUAGUAACACAACCUAAUUCUGAGAUCAACAAAUUUGUUCAGAAAAAGCACGGACUUCAAAAUGAAGUAGAAACUGUAGAAUAUACCGGUCAGAUGGAUCUUAAUGUCUUAAGCCUAUUUUCCAAAAGACUGAAAGAAUGCAAGGUGCUCGACCAUUUGGAGAUGAGCACGACGCAGACAAAAGAACUGCAGCAAGCCGCAAGAAAGCAUUCAGAACGAAGUGAAAUGAAAUCCAGUGUUAGAUUGGAAGGAGAGGAAAUCACAGUGGAGCUAACAAAGUUCAAAAAUAAUACAAAUCUCAUUAGUUUGUCUUCUGAUAAGGAUUGCGGUGGAAAGGAAGAUGAAAAGUAUGGUGAAACUAUUCCGGUUCUUCUAAAUCUUUUCUCGAAUAACGGAACUGCGGAACCUGUAAUGUUCGACCCGCGAAUAAUGCCGAAAUCACAUAUUUCAGAUAAAUCAAGAAAUGACCGACGAAAUAGCGAAGGCAAAGUUGUUCAGGAAAAAAAAAUGGAAAUCUACAGUGGCUGUAAUAACUGCUAUGAUUCAUCGGGAAGUGAAAAAAAACGGUGA